AUGUCAGAUUCAAAAGUUGAGGAGACUGCUGCGCCAUCACAAAAACCAAUACCUAGAAUUAAGGAUAUUUCAAUGAUGAAAGCAUGGAAAGAUUCUAAAGGAUAUCGAGAAUAUACUUUAUUUGUUCAAUCACUGAAUCGAGUUGUACAUGGUUUGAAAAAUUCAGAUCCUGUUCCUAUUUCACCUAUUAUUGAAAAAUUACUCAUCGUACUUAAUAAAAUUGAUUCGUUUAUUGAUCAAUGUCCAACAAAAGGCCGAUCACGUUUUGGUGAUGCUGGUUAUCGUGAUUGGCAUGCAAAACUUAAGCAGGAAAGUGAACAACUACUAAAAGAUACUUUGCCUGAUCAAUUUCAUAAUUAUAUUGAAGAACUUAAUGCGUACUUAAAUGAUUCAUUUGGAAAUAGUACACGUUUAGAUUAUGGCACCGGUCAUGAAUUAGCUUUCGUUCUAUUUCUUUUAUGUUUGUGCAAAAUCGAAGCACUUACUCAGCAAGAUAGUCAAGCUAUAGUAUUGAAAUUGUUUGCACGUUAUCUUGAUUUAUGUCGAAGAUUGCAACGAACUUAUUAUUUAGAACCAGCUGGGUCAAAAGGUCAAUGGUGUUUGGAUGACUACCAAUUUUUACCGUUUCUUUGGGGUUCAUCACAAUUAACAGAUGAAGGCCAAAUCGAACCAAAACAAGCGAUUGAUGAAAGAUUUUAUCGAGAUUUAUCGAAUGAUUAUUUAUAUUUAGGUGCAAUCAAAUUUAUAAAUGAAGUUAAGACAGGCCCAUUUUUUGAACAUUCUAGCACACUUUAUGAUAUAUCCAAUGUGGCUCAUUGGUCAAAAGUUAAUCAAGGAAUGAUCAAAAUGUAUCAUGGCGAGGUCUUAGAUAAAUUUCCUAUUGCGCAACAUAUUCUUUUUGGUAAUCUUAUAUCGUUUGAUCCUGUGCCAAAACCAUCCAGUGAAGGUCUUUUUAAGAAGCCAGCAGCGGUAACCCAAUAA